AUGGGCUGCGCUGCGAGCCGAUCGUCGGCAACCUGCGCUUCCAGCCAGAUCGCCGGGUACGGUGGAGCAGCGCCGCGUGUGCUUGUGCUCUGUGCGCUAGUCGGCGCACAAUUUAUCUUCUCGGGGUUUCAUGUCCUCUCGGCCAUCGGCUUGCGUGAGCUGGCACCCUCCAUCUUCUCUCUGCUGCGGCUGCUCAUUGCGAUGCCGGCAAUGUUUGCGCUGGCCGUGUGUCACGAUGGCUGGGUGAUGCCUCCGCUGCGACUACAGCCGCUGCUCUGCUUCCUUGGUCUCACUGGAGUCGGCGGCUCCAUGGGGCUCGGCAUUGCUGGGAUGUACUACACGUCCGCCAUCAACCUCGCCAUAUCCCAGCCGCUACAGCCUGUUCUGACCGCCUUCCUCACUGUUGCGCUGAAAAUCGAGCGCGUCUCUGCUGGAAAGUGCGCCGGCAUCGCCAUCUCCGCCGCGGGCUGUGUCGCACUCGUAGCGCUGGGUGGGGGCAUCGAAGGCGGCGGGCGACCGUGGCGCUCGCCCUUGCUGGGGGACUUGCUGCUGCUAUGCAACUGCGUGGGCAUGGCACUCUACCUGCUGCUGCAGAAGCCAGCACUGCGUGAGCUGCCCACUUUCACGCUGACGGCAUGGGUGCUCGCGUGGGGGCUGCUUCCGAUGGCAGUCUGGUGCGCGGUCGAUCAGCGACGAGGCGGUGUGGCCGGGCUUCUCGCGCCGCUCGCAAACGCCUCGUCGCUCGCGUGGGGAUGCGCCGCCUAUGGCGGGCUGAUGGCAUCGGGGGUGGCCUACGUCCUUGUCAACUUUGGCGUGCGCCACGUGGGCGCCACCACCGCCGCCUCGUUCGUGCCGCUACAGCCCUUCUUCAGCGCGGCGCUCUCGGCGCUGGUCCUGGAGGAGUUGCCCACGCCUGGCCAAGCGCUCGGCGGCGCUGCAAUCGUAGUCGGCAUGUACUUUGUCACCUUUGCGAGCGAGGCAGCCGGCUCGGGGGCUGCGCCGCGCCUCAGCACGUCCGCGUCGAAGGUCGUGCUGCUACCCGAGGAUGAGGAGUCGGUCAUGUUGCCGGCGGCAUGCAAGCGGAGCGACGGGCGUUGA